CAAAGCGGGACGAGGACGGAAACACGCAGAAUAUGCCCCGAACCCGCAACUCCGGCGAAAAACGAUAUCAGUGAAAAUCAUAAUAGAUGAACGCAAGAAGGUGUUCGCUAAAGAAGAAGCCUUCCACAAGAUCCGUCGUGGAUGUAGCCGGUAGGCGUCAGUGGAGUUUCUUUUCGGCGGCCUUCAACAUUUUCACCAGUCAUCUUACUUCACAAAAUGACUGACCCGGGGGAUGCUGAUAGUGUGCCAGGACCCUCCAGCCUCAGCAGGACCGGGAUGAGUUUUACCUCUGGCAGAGGGCUCGCGGGACGGGUGACGGGGCUUUCCUCUCCCCCUCCUCCACCUGGAAGGCUGUCCUCCCUGAGAUCCAGGGACCUGACUCUGGGUGGCUUCAAAAAGCCAAAGAAAACCUUUGAGCCGAAUAUCAACGCUGUGAGGAAAAGCAAAGAUGAUUUAAAAGAGGAGAUUAAUAUAACACAUAAGAAGGACCGAAGAGAGAGGGAGGAGAGGAAUAGAGAGAGGAGAGGGAGGAGGAGAGAGAGACCUCAGACCAUCCAGUCUCACUCCAUCUUUGAGCAGGGUCCUGCCGAUACCGUGCGCAAAACAGCCUGGCAUGGUGGUACUGAUCUGUGUGACACCUCAACCGCUUCUGUUUGUAAACUGAUAAAGAAGGAGGGGGCAGACUCAGAGGAAGAUGAGGAUACAAUACUCAGUAAACUGCAGCGAGACGAUUUUAUAGAUGACCCAGGUUUAAGGAAUGAUUCAAAACUCAAACCCAUCCAGCUACCUCUGUACCAGUCCAGUAACUUCUUUAAGACAGAAACACCAGCAGGCACCACAGAAUGUAAAGAGGCGCUACCAUCCAGCUCACCAGGCCUUCCUCUCUUCAGAACAGCCACCCAGAACAGGACAGAGCUCCCCAGACCAGAGCACCCAUCACUGGCGGAAGUCUUCCAGGAGCUCAGCUUGUCUGGCAGAGAGGAGCUGUUCUUCAUCCAACUGCCUGACUGUAUGCCUGGCAGCCCCCCCGUCUCAAAGGGCGAUGCUGGUAUUUGCCCCAUGCCAGAGAAACCUGGCAAGAAAGAAGGCAAGGCACAAGACAAGAGGACUGCUCAUCUAAAAGUUCAAGAGGCGGUGGUUAAGGAGAGCUGUCCUGUCCUUUCUUACUUCUCCGAGGGCCUGCUGGGUAAACUACACAUCAGGAAGUCGGGUAAGGUUCAGCUGAAGCUGGGACACAUCGUCAUGGACGUGUCUGAGGGAGCCGCGUUCUCAUUCCUACAGGAACUAGUGUCUGUGCGUCUGAAUGACAGUCAGACAGGAGACAUGACAGUGUUGGGGAACGUCAAUCACAAACUGGUCUUCUCACCUGACUUCCAAACGCUACUCCAACACACUCCAGCCCAGCCACCAGCAGGACACAGAUGAUCCAAAUAUUUUUACUUGCAAACUUGACUGUGGCACGGAGCUCAUCUGUCAUCCUAUUCCUGACUGUUAAUUUGGAAGGACAUGUUUAUUUUAAUUUUUGCUAUUUUAUUUCCAUUAUAUUUGUGAGAAAAUGUUACAUUGGAAAGAGACAAUAGAGGCACAAACCAUCAAGGAUGACAACAACAAAUGCUAUUUAUAAUUGGAUAUUGGAUAUCUGAGGCACGGUGGUCCAGUGGUUAAUCCUGUUGCCUCACAGCAAGAAAGUCCUGGGUUCGAAACCUAGGCCGUCCCAGGUCCUUCUCCCCGUGUCUGCGUGGGUUUCCUCCGGGUGCUCCAGUUUCCUCCCACCAUCAAAAAGACAUGUAUAUUAGGGUUAAUACUCAUGUCUGUGCCCCUGAGCAAGGCAAAGGAAAGAAGAACUGGAGUUGGUCCCCAGGUGCUGCAGCUGCCCACUGCUCCUAUACAACAGGAUGGGUUAAAUGCAGAGAGCACAUUUCAUUGUAACCUGUACAAUGACUAAGUAAAUUGGCUUUCUUCUAUUGAUCGUGCAUGUUUUACACUUUCAUUUGCCCUAAACUCAGGACACUGUUACAAGGAAACUUCUCACUGAAUUGGGAUUAUACCCAAGUGCUACACAAUUCAGCAUAGCACCCGUAAAGAUUAAACCGGCUUUGGAAAAGAGACUGUACCCUGAGUUUUUCCAAUACAAGACAGUUUGAACUGCUGACUGUUAAGAUAUACACUACCGUUCAAAAGUUUGUGAUCACCCAAACAAUUUUGUGUUUUCCAUGAAAAGUCACACUUAUUCACCACCAUAUGUUGUGAAAUGAAUAGAAAAUAGAGUCAAGACAUU